CAAAAGGCCCAAACACUUUCGAUUCCCAUGAAUUGGCAUUUUUUCCACUUAAAAAAAAUCAUUUUGUUGGGAAAAUUCACACCCAGUUCUCCCAGAAAAUCGCCUGCCCUGAGUCCUGCCUUCUGCCCUGUUUUUAACCCUUUCCUCCCUUGCCUCUUUCUCCACCAGCUGCAGGGGGAAAUUCAGACAGCUCCCCUUGCGUCUUCCCUUUCAUCUAUAAGGGCAAGACCUACCAGAACUGUACGGCAGUCGAUGAUCAGAUGGGACGGCCCUGGUGUGCUACCACUUCCAACUACGACAAAGACCAUCUCUGGCGCUUCUGCUUUAGCAAGGCCUAUGGGGGGAACUCGAAUGGCCAGCGCUGCAUAUUUCCUUUCAUCUACAAAACCGAGCUAUUUCACAGCUGCACGAAUGCUGGAGGCAAGAUGGGAAAUUUCUGGUGCGCCACAACCCAGAACUACAACCAGGAUAAGCUGUGGAGCUACUGUCCAGAUAUCAUCCUGGGUGGGAACGCAGUAGGAAAGAGCUGUGCAUUCCCCUUCAUCUAUAAGAAGAAAGUGUACUACACCUGCACCAGCGACGGAGAGAGCUCGGGAAAACUGUGGUGCAGCACCACCGGGAAUUACGACGUGGACAAGAAGUGGACUUACUGCUCCAAGCCAGACUAUGACAAGCCCUGUGUCUUCCCCUUCAUCUACAAGAAGUUUAAAUUCCGCACCUGCACCAACCUGGCAGAGGCCAAGGGAAAGUUCUGGUGUUCCACCACAGACAACUAUGACAGGGACCAUCAGUGGAGCUACUGCCCUGCCUGA